GCCACGUAAUGCCACGUCCCCGCGCAUGCGCACCUCCUCUGUUGGUGGCGGCUGUUUCCGGGCUUUGGGGGGCUGGAGCGGCCGCCGAGUGGAAGGCGGUGGUGGCCGCUGCCGGGGGGUGUAUAGUGCGGGAUUGGGGACCAGGCCCCGCGGAGGGCAGGGGAAAUCGUCUGUUUUUUUUCCUGAAGAGGGCUGGUAGAGCCUGUGGCAGAGCGACAACAUGAAUUUUCUCCGCGGGGUAAUGGGGGGUCAGAGUGCCGGACCCCAACACACAGAAGCCGAGACGAUUCAAAAGCUUUGUGACAGAGUAGCUUCAUCUACUUUAUUGGAUGAUAGAAGAAAUGCUGUACGUGCUCUCAAAUCAUUAUCGAAGAAAUAUCGCUUGGAAGUGGGUAUUCAAGCUAUGGAACAUCUUAUUCAUGUUUUACAAACAGAUCGUUCGGAUUCUGAAAUAAUAGGUUAUGCUUUGGACACUCUAUAUAAUAUAAUAUCUAAUGAGGAAGAAGAAGAAGUAGAAGAAAAUUCCACAAGGCAGAGUGAGGAUCUGGGAAGCCAGUUUACAGAAAUUUUCAUUAAGCAACAAGAAAAUGUCACUCUCCUGUUAUCUUUAUUGGAGGAGUUUGAUUUCCAUGUCCGCUGGCCUGGUGUGAGGCUUCUUACUUCUCUUUUGAAACAGUUAGGACCUCAAGUGCAACAAAUUAUUUUAGUCAGUCCUAUGGGUGUUUCAAGAUUAAUGGACUUAUUAGCAGAUUCCAGAGAAGUUAUACGCAAUGAUGGUGUCUUACUACUGCAGGCAUUAACAAGAAGCAAUGGAGCAAUCCAGAAAAUUGUUGCUUUUGAAAAUGCUUUUGAGAGACUACUGGAUAUUAUUACAGAGGAGGGGAACAGUGAUGGAGGUAUAGUGGUAGAAGAUUGUCUGAUUUUGCUUCAAAACUUAUUAAAAAACAACAAUUCAAAUCAAAAUUUUUUUAAAGAAGGCUCAUAUAUUCAACGUAUGAAACCUUGGUUUGAAGUGGGAGAUGAAAAUUCUGGCUGGUCUGCACAGAAAGUGACCAAUCUGCACCUAAUGCUACAGCUUGUUCGCGUACUGGUAUCUCCCACCAAUCCUCCUGGUGCUACUAGUAGCUGCCAGAAAGCUAUGUUCCAGUGUGGCUUAUUGCAGCAGCUUUGUACUAUCCUAAUGGCUACUGGAGUUCCUGCUGAUAUCCUGACUGAGACCAUUAAUACUGUAUCAGAAGUCAUUCGAGGCUGCCAAGUAAACCAAGAUUAUUUUGCUUCUGUAAAUGCACCUUCAAGCCCACCAAGACCAGCAAUUGUAGUGCUUCUUAUGUCCAUGGUUAAUGAAAGGCAGCCAUUUGUAUUGCGCUGUGCAGUUCUCUAUUGUUUCCAGUGUUUCUUAUAUAAAAACCAGAAAGGACAAGGAGAAAUUGUGUCAACGCUGCUGCCUUCCACCAUUGAUGCAACAGGUAAUUCAGUCUCAGCUGGUCAGCUGUUAUGCGGAGGUUUGUUUUCUACUGAUUCACUUUCAAACUGGUGUGCUGCUGUGGCCCUUGCUCAUGCUUUGCAAGAAAAUGCUACCCAGAAAGAACAGUUGCUCAGAGUUCAACUUGCUACAAGUAUUGGCAACCCUCCUGUUUCUUUAUUGCAACAGUGCACCAACAUCCUCUCACAGGGAAGCAAAAUACAGACAAGAGUUGGAUUAUUAAUGUUGCUUUGUACCUGGCUGAGCAAUUGUCCUAUUGCGGUAACACAUUUUCUUCACAAUUCAGCCAAUGUUCCAUUUCUUACAGGACAAAUUGCAGAAAAUCUUGGAGAAGAAGAACAAUUGGUUCAAGGUUUAUGUGCCCUUCUAUUGGGCAUUUCAAUUUACUUCAAUGAUAACUCACUUGAGAGCUACAUGAAAGAGAAACUUAAACAACUAAUAGAGAAGAGGAUUGGCAAAGAGAAUUUCAUAGAGAAACUGGGAUUUAUUAGCAAACAUGAGUUGUAUUCCAGAGCAUCCCAGAAACCCCAGCCAAAUUUUCCCACUCCAGAAUGUAUGAUAUUUGAUCAUGAGUUUACGAAGCUAGUAAAAGAACUUGAAGGUGUGAUCACUAAGGCUAUUUAUAAGUCAAGUGAAGAAGAUAAAGAAGAAGAGGAGGUGAAGAAAACAUUAGAACAGCAUGACAGCAUUGUGACUCACUACAAAAAUAUGAUUCGAGAGCAGGAUCUACAACUUGAAGAAUUAAAACAGCAGAUUUCUUCAUUACAAUGUCAAAAUGAACAGCUCCAGACAGCAGUAACACAGCAAGUAGCUCAGAUUCAACAACACAAGGAUCAGUAUAAUCUUCUUAAAGUACAACUAGGAAAAGACCAUCAGCAUCAAGGUUCUUACAAUGAUGGGGCUCAGAUGAAUGGCAUUCAGCCAGAAGAAAUUGGUAGAUUACGAGAAGAGAUAGAAGAAUUAAAAAGUAGCCAGGAGCUUUUACAAAAUCAGCUGGCUGAAAAAGACCAUUUAAUUGAAAAUUUGAAAUCUUCCCAAACGUCACCUGACAUGAGUGAACCAUCUUCAGUAAUAGCUUCAACUAGAUAUCCUGAACAAGUUGCAAAAUUGGAACAGGAGCUGACAAUAUUAAAGUCUCAAUUAAACUCACAAUCUGCGGAGAUCACCAAGCUACAGAUUGAAAAGCACGAGUUGUUACAAAAAACAGAGGCAUUUGCAAAAUCAGUUCCUGUACAAGGAGAGAGUGAAACUGAAACAGCUGCAAAAACUGAUGUAGAAGGAAGACUGUCAGCAUUAUUACAAGAGACUCAAGAAUUAAAGAAUGAAAUUAAAGCUCUCUCUGAGGAAAGAACUGCUAUUAAAGAGCAGCUGGAUUCAUCUAAGAGUACCAUUGCCAUUUUACAAAAUGAGAAAAACAAGCUAGAGGUGGAUGUUACAGACUCUAAAAAAGAACAGGAUGAUCUCUUGGUGCUGUUGGCUGAUCAGGAUCAGAAAAUAAUUUCAUUGAAGAAUAAACUCAAGGAACUUGGUCAUCCAGUAGAAGAAGAGGAUGAACUUGAAUCUGGAGACCAGGAUGAUGACGAUGAUGAGGAUGACGAUGAUGACAAGAUCCCAGAUCAUAUCUAACUUUAAAACCUCUAGGAAUGAAAGAGAUUAUACUAUAACUUGGAAGAUGGAGUCUUAAGACAGUGUUUUGGUUUGCCUCCACAGAAAAUAAAGAUUUAGAAACCAAGUGGAAAACAUUCUCUAAUAAGACUAUUGAUGUAUUUUUUUAAUGAUGCCACCCAUGUUGAAAACACUAUAACUUUAUGCAGAACACAUUUCUUUUAUUUAAAUUCUUCUGAACUGCCCCCAAAUAAAAUUUGCAAAGAGCGUGAGACACCAACAUACCAUUUUAAAGCAUGUGGUGGCAAUGCUAUUUGCCUUAGUUCAUUGGUUGUUUACAUAAGUUCUGUAUUUGUCUAUUAUUUUCACUUCUCAGAAUCUGUGACUCUAAGUACUUACUUAAAUAUUUGAUUUUUGUGUUGUUGGAAUCAUUGUUUCUAAAUUGAGUAUCAGAGUUCCUAGUUAAUGAUUUCCUUUGAAAGAAAAGGUUUUACUUCAAGGAAACGUGGCAUGGGUUGUAAAGAUAAUCAGCCCUCUAUCCAUUGUGACACUGAAGCUGAGCAGGCAGGACAGUAUGGAAUGAAUGCCUUGACGCACCUGAUAAGGCUGUGUUCUGUACCUCAGUGAAGAAACAGGAUACUUGACACAGUGACGGGAGGGUGUUUCUGAGAAACUUUGGCAACGCAUAUUAGCAUAUGAUUGGUUUUGGUUUUAUUUUAAGCUAAACGUCUAAAACAUGCUAUAAGUUAACAGCUCACACAACUCAGAUUUAGUAUUGUUUAAUUAUCAUAAGACAUACUGUGUUCCUAGUUUUAAAAAGACCCAAACUAAGAUUUAUAUAAUUUAUUGGCAUUUUUGCUGAAUAGGUUUAAGUCAGAUAAUAGAUUUUUAAAAAACAAAUGAAGCAAUGUGUCAAAAUUUAAUGUUUUCAUAAUAAAAAAUAGAUAUUCUGUUCACUUAAUUCCUGGUCAUGAUUCCC